CUUCGUCAGGGAUUCAAAACAGGGCGAAAACACCGGGGAGAGAUGGGAGAUAACAGUGCUUCUACAGCCGACAGAAAGGUAUGUGUAGCUUACUACUAGUCGGCCGACUUAAUUGCAGCUGAGCAACAAAUAAAGUUGGAGGAAAAGUUCAUGUGCAGAAUGCAGCACUACUUUCUCUGUUCUCACUCGAUUGCCUCAACUGAAUUCGUUCCCAUUCGAGAGCCGAGUGAAGCACAGUUUGUAGGUCAAAAAGUUAAGAAAAUGGAAGCGUUCUACAGCUUACCAUUUGCAGUGCUUGAAAUACCAUGUUUGAAAUUAAAAAGACCAUCUUGGUUCCAUAAACCAAGCGCUAUGUUUGUUUAUUCCUUGGUAUUAGUGUCAUAUUUCUUGGUUUGUGGUGGUGUUAUAUAUGAUGUCAUUGUUGAACCUCCAAGCAUUGGGUCGACGGUAGAUGAAUAUGGUCAUUCUCGUCCAGUUGCUUUUAUGCCUUAUCGGGUUAAUGGACAAUACAUCAUGGAAGGAUUAGCUUCUAGUUUUUUGUUUACUCUUGGAGGCCUUGGUUUUGUUAUUUUGGAUCAUACGCAUAAUCCUAAUACACCAAAACUGAACAGAAUUCUUCUCAUUUGUGUUGGGUUCCUUUGCAUUUUAGUUUCAUUUUUUACUUGUUGGGUAUUCAUGCGAAUGAAAUUGCCGGGUUAUCUACAAUAAGAACUGAAAAGCAGCUGAUAUUUCUACUUAUAAUUUUUGUCUUUUUUAAUAAAAAUUAUCUAAAACUGGUCA